CCAAUGGAUAUCUAAAAAAAAAGGAAUGUCUCAGAAUACAAUUCCAACUCCUAAAAAAGUAAUUGAACCUUCUGUACUAAAUAAUCAUUUUGCUAAGGAUCAGGAAGAUGAAGACUUACGGGCCAAAAGAAGAAGAAGGCGUACCACAGACGCUGAAGCAUCUAUUUUAGAGCAAUACUUUUUAAAAACACCUAAACCAAAUCUUUUGGAAAGGCAAGAACUUAGUAAAAAACUAAAUUCUAGUAUGUCUCCGCGAGAAUUGCAAAUUUGGUUUCAGAAUAAACGUCAAUCACUGCGUAGAAACAACAGCUUACUCCGCGGUCGUUCGGAUUUUGAAAUAGAAGGUAUAGCUCCCAAAAGAAAAUCGAUGCUUACUCUUUGUGAAAGCCAGAAUGGAGAAGCCGAACUAUUUUUUUUGAAGAAGACAGUCGAUAAGAGCACUAAUUUGGAAAGUAAAACGGCCAGACAAACUAGAAAAACCGAGAGUUCUGAAAAUAUUAAAACGUUACUCUCUACCAAAGCUGAUCAGCCUCCUUCGCCGAGCGAAGAUAAUUAUUCGUCCCAUAAAGAAUUGGAAGAAUGCGCCAAAAGUCUAAUUGAAUUACAACAAAGAAAUAAUCACGCUCAGCUUCAAUGAAGCUCUAAUCUUAACGUUAAUGCAUAACUCACAACAUUUUCAUUAGAAUUUACAAUAGACUAAGUAAUGACAUAUAUUCCUCGUUUGCGGAAUUCAUAUUAAGGGAAGAUGAGAGCUCAAGGUCUAAAUAUCACUUGGAAUGAGAUGAUAGUACUUCAUUCAGAAAAUUAUCCGACGAUAAAAUUGUAUCUGAAGAUACAGUUUCCUGUAGCGUGGUGCUCGACUCAUAACUUGUAAAGGCUUCCGUCGGCAAAGAGGGAUAUGAAAUAGCAUAUGGAGGUGACGAGUUUAACGUUGAGCUUUGAUUUAUUUUAUGUUCUUCGAUCUCAUCAUUUUCAGUUCGAUUAGUAACUUCAUUAACCAUUGUUUCGUAUUCAUAAAGUCCAC